UCACCACGCUCAAGAUGAACGCAAUACCUAUUGAUGAACUAGGACUAGUAGACAGUCAUCUACUUACUCAUUCCUCAUAUCUAUCUAAUGUGAUUAUUUUUGAUCCGCUCUUGCUCCGAACGAGAGCCUCAAAUCUGCGUCCAUUUGAAACAGAUCCAGAACUCCAACACCGUCAUGCCUUUAGAAGGACAAUCCAAUAUCGUUAUCAGUGGCGCUGGCCAAGGCAUUGGCAGAGCGAUAGCCCGACAUUUCGCAUCGCAUGGUCAUCGAAUUUUCAUACUUGAUGUAAAUGAUGACAACAUCAAGCAUACUGCUGAGGUUCAUCUCAAGGAACAUGCCCCUAAUGUCGGCUAUGCGCAGUGUGAUGUUCGUUCUGUGGAAAAUAUCCGCUCAACGAUCAAAAAUGCCGCGACAUUUCUCGACAAUCGAAUCGAUUUUCUUAUCAAUAAUGCUGGCAUUUCCAACCCGCACUGGUCAGACAAUAAGACAAUGGAGGAUGAGUCGGUUCUUGAGCAGUGGCAAGCUUAUGUUGAGACGAAUUUGACUGGCCCAUUUGUCAUGUCUCAGGCAUGCAUCCCAUACAUGAAAGUCGACAAGGACUCGGAGAAGCAGAAGCUUCCGCAUUCACGGAUUGGCAAGGCUGGCCCCUGUAUCAUCCAUGUCAGCAGUUUUCGAGCCUUCAUAUCGGAUCCGAACCAGGAAGGUUAUGCAUCUACAAAAGCUGCACUGUUGGGCCUUACCACAAGCAUGGCGAUUUCGAUGCAGGCUUUUGGAAUCCGUGUCAACCAGGUCUCCCCGGGCCGCGUCAAGGCGACUCAUGAAAAUGCCCAUGGUGACGAGCACGGCCAUGGAUGGGAAAAUUCCGAAUCUGAUGUGGAAAAUCAUCCUACCAAUCGAGCUGGUAUGCCAGAGGAUAUAUCCGAGGCAAUCGAAUAUCUCCUUGGGGCUGGAUUCGUCACUGGCCAGGAUUUGGUGGUCGACGGGGGAGUGGUCAGGACUAAAUAAAAGGGACUGGGACGGGAAGACGGCAAAGUCGAGGUUCAUGAUCAUAAAAACUGUGUUGUGUGGCAAGCCUGCUGUCUAACACGCCGUCGACCGUCUAAUGAGUAGAAAUUUCAAUUGCUGUGAC